AUGCAGGAGGCAAAGGAAAUGGACAGCACCGAAUCCGGGAUUAUCUCUGAGCUGGUCGCUUCGAGCAUACCCUCCGACGACGAAGAUGAAUUUGCCGACUACGAUAUAGUAAUCGCCUACGAAGACAAUGCGACACUUAGGAAACGAGAGGUGGUGACACAAUUCUUUGACAACGUCCGAUAA